AUGAGAGAUAUUAUCGAGUAUUACUUCGCUAGAGGAUUCCAAUAUAAUGCUAUUGUGGAUUUUCUUUCAAAACAACAUGGGAUAUCAAUGUCAGAGCGUACAUUGAGAUCACGUUUAAGCGCCUAUGGUUUGAGAAGAUCACCAGAGUAUAAUUUAGACGAAAUACGAGCUUUAAUACAGGAGAAACGACGUGGCCCUGCCUGCAUGGGAGGAUAUCGUUCCAUGUGGCAUGCACUCUGUAUUGGUGGCCAUCAAGUACCACGUAAUGUUGUUGAGCAACUAAUGAGAGAACUUGACCCUGAAGGAUGCCAAUUCCAGGAAAGCAAGGUGUUUACGCAGAAGGACAUAUCGGGUGCCUGGUCCCAACCAUUGCUGGCAAACUGA